UGUGAAUAAGUAAUGUCUUGUCGUUAACGGCGAUCGUAUUGACGGCCAAACAGACAGUGAAGACAGUGUUGAGAGAGUGAACGCAUAGAGAGAGGACUCGUUUUGAGCGUACAUUCAAUUUAGCGCUCAUUUAUUCAUAUGAUUAUCACUUCAGUCAUCCAUUCAUUAAUAUAACAAUCAAUAUAUCGAUCGCUAGUGUUUUGCCACUCAUUUGUUGAUAAGUGUGUUGUUUGUUGUGAUAGACGUGUUGUGCGGGCGUUGAGAGAGUGGUGGGAGUGUUGUGUUGCGGACAUUGCGGACAAUCGCCGCCACAAGUGAUGGAGAAUCUGCAGAAGAAGCCGUCGAAAGGCAUAUUGAAGUCGUCGUCGAGUUUUGAACAGCAAAAUGAAUGCCAAACACAACCCAAACAAGAGCAGUCGACCGACAAAGACAUCAAAUGGGAUGAAAUGAAUAUUUUACAGACUUUACAUCCGGCGGACAAAGACUACGGACACAUGAAGAUAGAGGAGCCGAAGACGCCAUACAAUUACUAUAACGACACAACGGAUGGCGAUCUAGACCUCCACGCACUCGACGCGGACGCGUUGGCCGCCAGGUUUGCCGAGAGAGCGGCCGAAUUGCCCGCCGUUUUGAAGGAGUCCGACAACGAGUCGGAGGAAGACUUUGAAAACCUGACCGAAGAGGAGAAGAAGAAGCGGAAAGAGUUUGAAGUGAAGCGAAAGAUGCAUUACAAUGAGUUCCAGGCCGUGAAGUUGGCCCGAAAACUGCUCGAACAGGAGGACGACGACGAAGACGAUGGUCAGGACAGGCAGACGGACGCCGAUCCCCAACAGUCGUCCCAUUCGGCCGACACGGAGGACACCGACGACCAGCGGAACGGCGAUCAUAUGGCGAGUGACGACGUGUUCGUCGAUCAGUCGGUUAGUAGUAGUAGUGGUGAACAAAAUGAUACCAAAUGAUUGGCUUAUGUUUCGUGCAUUUAAUCAUUGAUCGUAUUCUGAAUUACCAUUUCUUGUCAUUAGACUGUAUUUGUUGCCAAUUUUAUCCUUUUAUUUCAAUGUUAGACAUAUUUUUGCAAAUAUUUGGGAAAGAGUUUAAUGAUAUGGUUAUAAAUAAAACACGAGUGACUUCUCAUAAAAUCAAUUGUAAAUAUAUUAUGAAUUCAUUAUACAGUGAAUAACUGUAAUAGAAAUGUGAACUCAAUUUGAUAUUAUAUUAUACGACCAAUUGAUAACUAAACGUAAUUUCAAUGAAUCGCAAAGGUUUUGUUGAUUACAAUUAGCUAUUAGUGAAUAACUUAUAAAAUUU